AUGUCCGAGACCCCCGCCAACGACGAAUUGUCUGCUAACCGCAUCUCUUCAGUGCCGCCGAGCGCUUCCCACCAUUCCAGCUCGGAUUCAGGAAGCGAUUCCCCGGCUUCAUCACGUGGCCGCCAGCUCUGCCGCUCCGCACCUCGCAAAGCAAAAGCCAGAGUUUGCACACCAUCACCAGGUCCAGAAAGACGUCCAAACCCUUCUCCGGCUUCGUCUUACAUCUCCACACGCAACGCGAUCCCCGCCUUCCAUAAAUGGACCGUCCAGAGCCUACGACUGGCUCUAUCCAACGCGGACAUCCAUUUCAACAGGCGGAUGACCAAGGCGGAGCUUUACGGCCUCUACGCCUUCUCCCAGGCGGAUGCCACCUCUCCAAAGUCCGUUCCGCAAAAAACCACUGACAAGCCGGGCAUGGCUCGUGGUUCUCCUUAUUCCCGGCCCGGGCAAUCCACCUCCGCGGCUCAUCGCGGCCGCCCGUUGGCAAGUCGGAACAGCAGGCCAUCCGCGAGCUCGGGUAACGCCAUGGAUUUCCCGGACGCUAGGGACCCCCCAGUCGAGAGUUUCCAGCAACUCGUCCCUCUAGCAGUAGGCCAGCUCAAGGAUCUAGCCAACACUCCAGUCAUCAAGGCUAGCCGCCCAGGCGACUUAAGCUCACUAGCACCCGGAGCUCUGGUGCAUUAUUACCCAUUCCCCGCCCCAGGCUCUUGGCCCGCGGCGCCUCUGUCGACAACUAACGUGAGGCUGCCUCCACUGGUGAUGCAGGCACCGGGUCUCGGCCAUCACACAGACACCUUAGAAGCCGCCGCUAGCAUGAGCAUGCCUCUGCUAGCCGCUCAAGCGGCCGCCAUCCCCUCCCUUCUCUCUCUUCCACAGUCCAGAUUGCACUUCUCGUUUGCCACAGUGACAGCGAUGCCCGUGCCAAUAAACGCACUGGCUUUGGAACCACCUACAGUAUCGGGGAACAUCAGAGCUCAGAUUUUGACAGGUGCGGAUACAGACCUUUAUUUACUUCUCUCACCUUUAUCACCCCCGUCAACCGAGCGGCAGAUCACUUACGGCGAUCUAUCGCUCACCUUCAAAAAUCAGUCACCCAACCACACCCGGACUCUGUCAUUCCCUGAAUUCACUGUCGCCUUUUCCCGCUUCACCGACGUAAUCUGCACUGUGUUCCCUCAUAGGAGACGCGAGCUGAGCGAUUACCUCGCCAUCGUGGCAGAGCUCGCUCUCUCCUAUGGGGGUGCUAAAUUCAUUAUCGGCCCCUUCGACGCUCCCCCAUUUACAGCGUUUCGCAUCAGCCCCAUCGGCGUAGCGACAUGUAAAUUCUCCGGCAAAAAGCGCCUCAUAUUCGAUCUCUCGUCACCGCACUGCUCUGCCUUUCCAAGCAUCAACAGCCUCAUCCCGAUCGAGGAAUUUUCCCUGCACUAUCAUAACAUCGAUCAAGCCAUCACCUUAAUUAAACAUGCCAGGCGCGGCGCUUGGCUAGCCAAAGUCGACAUCACAUCCGCGUUUAAAGUCAUGCCCAUCCACCCAGACUUCUGGCACCUUUUCGGCAUCCGAUGGCGCAAUAAAUUUUACUUUUAUGUCCGUCUCACUUUUGGCUGCAGAAGCAGCCCAACAAUUUUCGACAUGUUGUCAGAAGCAAUUUGCUGGAUUCUCUCUAACAAUUAUGAAAUUCCCUACCUCAUCCACCUACUUGACAAUUUUUUAAUCAUCUCGUCUCCCGACUCGUUUCCGGCUGUGCAUCUAGCAAAAGUCCAGCAGGUUUUUGAAAAUCUCGGCGUUCCCCUCGCCCCAGACAAAACUUCAGGACCGAGCACGUCCAUCGAAUUUCUCGGAAUUAAAUUAGACUCGCUUAAUUUCCAGGCUUCUCUGCCAAAAGAGAAAAUCGAUUGAAUGAUCGUGAUCUCUUCCGCCCUAUUAGCUAAUCCCCGCUGCUUCAAACGCAAGCUCCUGUCUGUUCUCGGCCAUCUGAAUUUCACGAUGAGAAUAAUCCCGCAAGGCCGCCCGUUCGUUUCACACCUCCUCUCUCUCGCGUCCUCCGCACACGCUUUAGAGGACACGCUAUCCAUAUCCAGCCCCUGCCUUGACGAGCUGAGCUUAUGGAUAAAAUUCCUCAGACAAUGGAAUGGAUUGUCUUUUUUCUACAGUGACAUGGCCUCCUUCCCCACCGAUAUUCACCUGUUCACCGACGCCGCCCCUUCCGUCGGUUUUGGAGGCUUUUACCAAGGUCGUUGGUUCGCAUCCACUUGGCCCCCCCAGCUCUUAGAGAUUCCGCUGGCUUUAGCAUCUUCAGCACUUUUCGAGCUGUAUCCACUAGUCGUCGCAGCAUCCCUAUGGGGGAAAGAGUGGUCAGCUUCCAGUAUAAUCGUACAUUGUGAUAAUGAGGCAACUGUGCAUUGCAUUAACAUAGGCCGCUCCCACUCCCCCGCCUUAAUGCCUUUCCUCAGACGCCUCAUCUGGAUCUCAGCUUGUGACCAGUUCAUUCUAACAGCCAAACACAUUCCCGGAUCAAAAAAUCUGAUUGCUGACGCGCUUUCUCGUUUUGCCUUCCAGAAGUUCAGGCUGUUGGCGCCCGAAGCAGAUCCCUUGCCAACACCGGUACCUCCCUAUUCGGAGCUGAUAUUCCGGUAAACCACCCCCUAAAAACCCUCCUCGAUGCCUCUCUAAACUCCAUCAUCCAAGCCGUCUCCUCCAGGACCCUCCAAUCUUAUCUCACUGCAUAGAAAAGCUUCAAGUCUUUUCACCAGGCGUUCAACAUUCCCUUUCCCGAUUUUUCUAUCCUCACCAUCACCUCCUACAUCUCCUUCCUAAACUCUUCAAAAAACCUCCAAGCCAGCUCAAUUAAAGGUUACAUGAGUGGAGUCCAGUUCUUCCACAAACUCAUAUUCAACUCUCCAUCUGCAGCCAUAGCCAGCUCCCAAACAUCUAUGCUCAUCAAGGGCAUUCAAAGACCCAGCCCGCUCGCCCAGACGCCAGGCAACCUAUAACCUUGGAUAUACUGACUAGAUGCAUUUCUACCCUCCGUAAAGGAUAUCACUCCAAGCACGUUGAUCGCACAUUCGACACCAUGUUUAUCCUAGCACUCUUCGGCUUUCUAAGAUGUUCGGAAAUUUCUACCACAUUCAUCUUUAACCCCCUAAUCCAUUCAACGGUAUCGGACCUGUCAGUACUCGAUUCAGAGACGAUGUCAUUCUCCAUUAAACAAAGCAAGACGGACCAAACCAGGAGAGGACAUUUCAUCUACAUAUUCAACCUCCAGUCACCAAUUCAACCAGACCCUCCUAGCCUACCUUCACUUCAAGAAAUCCCAGACCAAAACCACAUUGGAUCCUCUCUUCGUCGACGAAUCCAACCGCCCAGCUACACGCUUCUGGUUCCAAAAGCACCUCAAAGCCGU